AUGCUCGCCGAAACCAUCCUCGCCGGCCUGCUCCUAGCCUCAGGCGCAGCCGCCGCCCCAGCCCCCAACCCGCUCGAGCUCAUCAAGCGAGCGCCGAGCCCCGGCGUCGUGAUCCAAAAGUGCAGCAACCCGGGCAUGCUCGCGCUGGCGUAUGACGACGGGCCGUACCAGUUCACCUCCGACCUCGUCGACAUCCUCGACGCGGCUGGCGCCAAGGCGACUUUCUUCUGGACUGGCACGCUGUAUGGGUGCAUCUAUGGCCAGUCGGCGAAUGUUAAGAAGGCGUUUGCGUCGGGGCAUCAGAUUGCUUCGCAUACGUGGACCCACGGCCACAUGGGCAGCAUGUCAGCCGACCAAAUCCGCUCCGAAAUGACCAAAGUCGAAGACGCGCUCGUCAACCUAAUCGGCAAGAAACCCGCCUACAUGCGGCCGCCCUACCUCGAGACCAGCGGCGCCUUCCUGCCCACCAUGGCCGAGCUGGGCUACAAGGUAAUCACGGACGAUGUUGAUGCGGGAGACUGGAACAACCAGACGCCGCAGCAGAGCGAGCAGGCGUUCCAGCAGGCCGGGGCGAGUGGCAAUGGGCAUAUUCCGCUUAUGCAUGAGACGUAUACGGGGACGGUGCAUACGUUGACGCCGUGGUUGAUUGAUUGGGCGAAGCAGAAUGGGUUGAAGUUGGUUACUGUUGCUGAGUGCUUGGGUGACGCCGAUGGUGCGUACCAGGCUGGAACUUUCACCCCUAACGGCCAGACAUCGUGCUAG